UCGCUGUCGUUUUGCUUGCCGGACUGUUGCAGCCGGGCGGCGUGAGGUACAGCCCGACAGACAUGGCUUUCCUUUGGAGUUCUGCAGAAAGGGAAAAGUGGAACGGGCCAUUUCUACUUCUCAAUCUUUUUUGCUGUUUCAUACUGAGCAAAAGCAUCCUUUUGGAUAUUGGUGCUGACAGUGCUGCAGCUCACCACGACGCAUCGACGCUGCUCCGGUCCCUCAAUUUACCCCAGAACACAGACUUUGAGAUUGUUGCUCCGUACGAGGUCAACCACCAAGGCUUGUACAUCUCGCAUGAAGUUUCUCACUACCAGAGCAGCAGGCGACGCAGAUCCCUGCAACCUAAAGCAAGCUUAUCGAGCACUGAUGCCAGCAGACAAACCGUCCAUUUCCGGCUCAGCGGCUUGGGGCAGGACUUCCACAUGGAGCUGAGCGAGGCCUCAGAGAGCCUGAUCGCACCUGGCUUCACUGUCCAGGUCCUGGGAAAGGACGGCACCAAGAGCCUGAGGGCCUACCGACGGGAUGACCUCUGCUUUUACCAGGGGUCGCUAAGGUCAAGGGUCAACUCCUCGGUGGCUCUUUCCACAUGCAUAGGGUUGUCAGGUUUAAUCCGAACACAGGAUGCGGACUACUUCCUGCGACCCGUGUCCCCGAGCCUGGCCCGGAGACAGAACUUCACCGGACCCUCCAGUCAUCAGCCACACAUACUCUACAGGAGUAACACAGAGACCCAAGCACACCAGAAAGGACACGGGCCUCGUAGACUGUAUAAGAGGUCUACUGAGACACUGACCGACUCAACACACAUUCUCAACAACAGAUCCACCCGCUCACAGUCACACCCGACCCACAACACGGCAGUUGAAGGUCAGCGAAGGAGCCGUCCACAGAUGCGUCAUCAUCCCGACAACGACGACAACAACCAGAGUGACCUGGUACAACACCACAGCAAUGGCCAUCACCACCACAACAGUCAACAUGACAAUGACUACAAGCACGGGGAGAAGCAGAAGCAGCACUUUUGCGGCAAACGGAAGAAAUACAUGCCCAAGCCUCCGAAUGAGGACCUCUUCAUUUUUCCAGAUGAGUACAAGUUCAUUCCAAGAAACAAAAGGGCUGUGCUCAUGAAGAACCAAGCUAACCAGAAGCUCAACGUGGAGACGCUGGUGGUGGUGGAUAAGAAGAUGAUGGAGAACCAUGGCCAUGAGAACAUCACCACAUAUGUUCUCACAGUGCUCAAUAUGGUCUCCAGUCUCUUCAAGGAUGGGACGAUAGGGGGAAACAUCAACAUAGUGAUAGUGGGUCUUGUGCUUUUGGAUGAAGAGCAGGACGGCUUGGUGAUCAACCACCAUGCAGACCAGACACUGAACAGCUUCUGCCAGUGGCAGUCUGGUCUGGGAGGAAGAGAGGGCAGGAGACAUGACCACGCCAUCCUUCUCACAGGCCUUGACAUUUGCUCCUGGAAGAACGAGCCCUGUGACACACUGGGUUUCGCUCCAAUAAGUGGGAUGUGCAGCAAAUACAGAAGCUGUACCAUCAAUGAAGACACGGGACUAGGCCUGGCGUUCACCAUUGCCCAUGAAUCUGGACACAAUUUUGGGAUGGUCCAUGACGGUGAGGGAAAUGUUUGCAAGAAGUCUGAGGGCAAUAUCAUGUCUCCCACACUGGCCGGUCACAACGGUAUCUUCUCCUGGUCCGCCUGCAGCCGCCAGUACCUCAGUCGGUUCCUCAAUUCUGCCCAGGCUUUGUGUCUAUCAGAUGAGCCCAGGGCAAUGGAAGAGUAUCAGUACCCUGAGAAGCUGCCAGGCGAGCUGUACGAUGCAGACACACAGUGUAAAUGGCAGUUUGGAGAGAAGGCCAAACUCUGCAACCUGGAUUUCAAAAAGGAUAUCUGCAAGGCCCUGUGGUGCCAUCGUUUUGGGAGGAAGUGUGAGACUAAAUUCAUGCCAGCCGCCGAGGGCUCUGCCUGUGGACCCGACAUGUGGUGUCGUAGGGGCCAGUGUGUGAAGCACGGGGAUGAGGGGCCCAGGCCUCAACAUGGCCAGUGGUCAGAAUGGUCCCCCUGGUCCGGCUGCUCACGAACCUGUGAGAGCGGCGUCGCCUACAGAGAGAGGCAGUGCACCAACCCUAAACCUGCAUAUGGAGGGAAGUACUGCGAGGGCUCCUCCAGGUCCUACAGACUGUGUAACAUUGAGGACUGUCCCCCCAACACAGUGGACUAUAGAGCACAGCAGUGUGCUGCGUUCAACAGCAAGCAGUUCAGAGGAUGGUACUACAACUGGAGGCCAUACACCAGAGUGGACGAUCAAGACCUUUGUAAGCUCUACUGCUUUGCAGAGGGCUAUGAUUUCUUCUUCGCGCUUGCAAGCAAAGUCAAGGACGGAACAUUGUGCUCGCAGGACAGCUCCAAUGUCUGUAUUGAUGGACUGUGUGAGAGAGUGGGCUGUGACCGCGUGCUGGGCUCCACAGCGGCUCCUGAUGCAUGUGGGGUCUGCAAAGGAGACAACUCUACUUGCAAAGUCUACAAAGGACUGUACAACAAGCAACAUUAUACAAACCAGUACUAUGGGAUCGUAACCAUCCCGGCGGGGGCUCGCAGUAUCCGUGUGGUGGAGCUCAACACCUCGAGCUCUUACCUGGCUGUCAGGGAUGCCCAGAGACGCUACUACCUAAACGGUCGCUGGACGGUGGACUGGCCUGGCAGACACCCAAUCGCUGGAGCCAUAUUUGAGUAUAAGAGGCCAUACAACAGACCAGAGAGCCUCACCUCGAUGGGCCCCACCAAUGAAACACUGGUCAUUGAGAUUUUGUUGCAGGGCUGGAACCCAGGUGUGCGUUGGGAGUACACGCUGAAGCGGGCAGAUGAGAGGAAGAACCACAUCAAACAUAAUUAUAACUGGGCCAUCAUACGGUCCCAGUGCUCAGCAACCUGUGCUGGAGGCCAGAUGAACACCAAGCCAGCCUGCUACAAAGACUUGAGGGCUCAGGUGAAUACUUCCUACUGCAAUCCUAAAACCAGACCAUCCACGGGACUGAUGCCCUGUAACACCCAGCCGUGUCCAGCCAGCUGGUCUGUUGGAGAAUGGGGGUCGUGCAGCCAGAGCUGUGGAGGAGGGGAGCAGACACGGCAGGUCCAGUGUGUCCAGAGGACCAGCCAGACCAACGUAGAUGCCCUGGCUGACCCACAGUGUGUCCAACCCACCCCAACCAGGAGACAGGCCUGCAACACACACACCUGCCCGCCGGUCUGGACUACUGGGCUAUGGUCACAGUGCUCCCGCAAGUGUGGCAGAGGAGUGAGGAAGAGGACAGUCUCGUGUAUGAGCCCUAAACCCAACCUCAGUGCCUGGACAAACACACAGACUCUGCCUGAUAGCUCCUGCAUGGGCCUGCAGAAACCUGCUAGUCAGGAAACUUGCUUCAUCAAACGCUGCCAGAAACAACGCAAAGUCCAGUGGUUUGUGUCCACAUGGCAGGAGUGUUCAGUAACCUGUGGUCGUGGCUAUCAGACACGUUUCAUCAAGUGUGCAGAGAAGGAUGCUGCAGGAAAGUACAGGGAGCUGACAGCCAAAAAGUGUCACCAUGUCCCCAAGCCCCUCGUAGAGCUCCAGCAGCCCUGCGUCCUGGCUGACUGCCCUGCCCGUACCACCACACCAUUCCGACCCUGGACUACACAUCAUCAUCAUCAACAACAACAUCAUCAACAACAACAACAACACAAUCCUGCUCAGCCCCUCCCUCAGCCUUCAUCUCGGCCAGACUGGUACUCAUCCCCUUGGUCUCAGUGCACAGUGACAUGUGGUGGUGGCGUACAGGCCAGAAUGGUCCAGUGUUUGUCUCAGGGGAAGCCCUCCUCUGGAUGUGCCCUCCAUCUGAAGCCCAGCAUGUCCCAGGCCUGCAACACCAAUUUUUGCCCACAACCAGAGAAGAAAGACCUGGUGUGUAAAGAUUACUUUAACUGGUGUUACCUGGUUCCCCAGCAUGGAGUCUGCAACCACAAGUUCUACGGCAAACAGUGCUGCAAAUCCUGUUCGCAGUCAAACCUAUAAUCACAAGAAAUGACUGUCUCUGGCACAGACAGGCAGAUAGAUAUAAAAAAAAGACUGUUUGACGCCCAUGUUUGAAAAGACAGUUGUUUUUGUGUAAAAGCAUGUGGCGAGCACUGAAAAACAAAAGACAUUUUGAUUGAAGUGGGAGAGAGAUGCAGCGCCCUCUCUUCUCUAUUUGAUGCCGGACAUCUAAACACGAGAACUUGAAGCUGACAGCAUUACACAGGAAUGUGAUGAGAACAGCUUAAUUGAAACAGGGAAGAAUGAAGAGGGCUCUCGAUUUUUAAAAAAAAAGAAAAAAGAAUGGGAGCGGUAUAUCCAAAAAGUUCUGAAAAAUCACCUCUUUUUCUUUACGUCUCUAACAGAAAACACUUGUACCCAGCAAACCCAAAGUCAACACAUCUUCUUAGUCAGGGUGAAGCAAGAGGCUUGCCAAAAAAACACUGGGCCACGAAGUCAAAGGCAGCGCCACUCGCCAACUCAUGAGGUGAUGAGAGCUGCUUUUCUACAGUUCAGUUCUUGACCAAAUUAAACAGACCAAACAGUUGGGUACAUUGCAAAAAGCCGAUGUCGGAUAAUGGAAAUGGCACCUGUGGUACACAUAUGAAGAUUUUUUUUUGAUGAUUAGGAUGGGCCACAUUGGGCCUCCUCAACAACCACAGUUGGCCUCCUCAACAGUGAAAUAGCAGCACAGCUUUGCCAGAAGGGUCACGUUAAGCAAAAAAUAGAAAACCCUCUGAAUGUCAUUGCAUAUAUACAGAAUUGAUGUGAGAUGGGUCAGUUAUGUGCACUGGGGUUUUUUUUUUCAAUAUCUUGAAUUGUACCACAACAUUGUCUUUGUGGCAAAGAUGUUGCCACUGCAGGAUUCUGAAUGGAAGGAGGACACCAUUUAGGCGGUAACACAGGCUUUUUAUUUGACAAUGUCACGCUCUCUGCUUCUCUCACUUGCAAGAGCCAGUGCGCUCAGGUGCUGCAGCUGCUCCCUCAGUCUUUACUUUCAGAGCGUGUGGCUCCCUUCUCUCUGUUUUUCUCCAGCCCUGUGUUUUGCCUGUGUCCUCAUGUGUGUCACGUCAGCCAGUUUCAGUGUCACGGCGGUUUAUAAACACAGUUUUGUUAAUUGAGCAAACCUGAGGCUGAUCACUAAUCAGCCUCCCCAUUGCUUCUGCUCUGCAGCGAACCAGCUCCCUCUCUCCACCUCCAGCUGAUGCUAAACCACACCCCACUACCAGGCCUUGGUCGAAAUUUAAAUUCUGAAGUUUUGAAAAAGAACAAAUGAAUUGCUUUACUCAUUUACAAUAUUGGUUGUUUUUAUUUAUUGACUUUAUAAUACGGUCAGUGUCAGGAGGACUGAAUUGAUAAGUAGUAUAAAUGUGUCCAGUUAUUAUUGUAACCUAAGCUCAUUACCCUCACACUUUGUAUUAUGUGUCAUAUUGUUCCAUGCUGACAUGCACCUUUUUCUGUGAAAACAUUUAUUUUGUUUUAGGAUUUUUGUGCGGCGUUAAAAUCCCAAUAUUGACUUGUUCUUGUCAAACGAUUAGUAACAUUUUUUUUACUAAUCCAGUGAAUGAUUGGCAUGAAUAAUAAAAUAAUGUCAAAUACAAAGGUAACAAACAAGUUGUUUCAAUAGACACUGCUCUCUUCCUCAGCUGCACGUCUCCUCCAAACCACCUAAAAAAUGCAAUAAGCUGUCACAUAUUGCAUGCAUUGAUAUGGCAAUAAGAAUAGUGCAUUUCAUGUUGGAUGCUGUAAAAAGCACCAAGAGCGAUUGCUGAAGUUAUCUCAAAGUGAUUAUUCAAAUGUAAAUGAACAAUAAAGGAAUUAA